AUGGAUGAUUCGAUGAGGGUCGAGUACCCAGCCAUGCUGGCCAACCUCCAGCCGCUGCAGGCAGUCCAAACCCUCAACGACCGGGUGAAACGCAUCUCCAAGCUCAAUGUCGAGAUUGCCGACUGGCUCCAGGAACGGCGCAAAGUCGAGGAGCAAUACGUCCAAGGCCUGCGCAAGCUGACACAGUUCCGCGUCCCCAAUGCGCAGUCGGAUCUUGGCACCUUCCAGGUACAAUGGGACAAGAUCAUCCAGUCGGCCGAGGGCAUCGCCAUGUCCCACCACCUCUUCGCCACCAAGAUCGAGAAGGACGUCGAGGCGCCCCUGCGCGCAUUCCACACCAAGAAGGAGGUCCAGAACAUCCAGACCAUACAAGGCAACCUACAAAACAUGGCCAAGGAGCUGGACGAUGCACAGAAGAAGUCGGACGCCCUGAGCAAGAAGGCUGGCAAGACGAGCGCCGCCAAGAUGGACCAGGCCACCCAGAAGCUUGACGCCGCCACCAACCAGUGGGAGUCGCAGGCCCCCUUCGUCUUCGAGUCUCUGCAGGCCCUGGACGAGACCCGCAUGAACCAGCUGCGCGACGUCAUGACCCAGUACGGCACCUACGAAGGGGAGCAGGCGCAGCAGAAGCAGGCCGAGGCCGAGGCCGUGCUGAACAGCCUGUUAGACUACCACACGGCCGACGAGGUCCAGGCCUUUGCCGCCAGGAUUACGGCCGGCAAGCCGAAGGUCCAGUCGCGUGCCCCAACGACUCGCCAGUCCUCCAGCUUCGGCGCCGCGAGCUCCUCUCUUGCACCGCCGCCGAGUAUCAACGUACCCGCGUCGUCCGCUGUCGCCGAGGAUGACCGCAGCGACCAUUCGGGCCAGAGGGAAGAGAAGGGCAGCGAGAACAAGCUGCGGAGUCGCAUUGGCACCAUGCUGGGAAGGAGGCGACAAAGCAUCCACGGCGGGUUCGGCCAGCUAUCCCCGUCCAAGGGCCCGUUUGGGAGGACCUCCAGAAGUAGCCACGGCGUGUCGCCCAGGGCGUCUUCGAGUAAUUUAGGCGGGUCCGACAAUCGGCUCUCGUCGCUGGCUGAGCGGCCCGGUUCCUCAGAUGAGCCUCCGCGAACCUCGGAGACCAGGGAGAAGCCGAGCCACGAGGGGACGAACGGGGUUGGCAGUGACGCUGCCGCCGACGCAAUCCCCACCAUUCCCGAAUCGCCGCCGCACGUCAAUGGCACCAGCCCCGCGCUGGCCUCUGCAGACAGCACAGCUAUCACAGAUGUGCCGCCCCCUCCAGGGCCGCCACCCUCCCAGAAGGAGCCAGAGAAAGAUGCCGAGGGGUUCAGCGUGCCAGCCGCCUCGCACGAUCCCAUAUCAGCCGCCGAGAGGGAGGCUGCAGGCAAUGCCGGGGAAGAGGCUGAGCCUGCCUUCAAGCUCAACAUCCAGAAGGAGCCUGUGGCGGACGAGGAUCCAGCAGAGAGGCUGGCCGCUCUCUCCAACUUCUCCAAUACCCUCUCGGCCUUGGGCAUGCCGACCCGUAGGACGGGCACCGUACGUGGCCGGAGAGAUGUUAGAAACACCAUCUACGUGCCCGCGCCGGUGUCCGAAACCGCGACAUCCGAAGCCCCUUUCCCGCCGCCCCCCAAUCUGCCAGCAUCUCUGUCGAAACCCCCUGCAGUGGCCGCCCUGACUUCCGAGACCAGCGUGACUGGAACGUCCGAUACCCAGUCCAUCCGUUCGUCCAACUCGUUGAGCAGCAUCGUCCAAUUCAAGCAUCCUGACAUGCACAACCCGGGCCUCAAUUCGUCUGUGAUGGAGACCGUCUUCGCGACCUUUGAAGGGGGCCACGUCAAGUCUCUCAAGAUCAACGGCGAGAUCGCCUUCUCCAUGAACCCGACUGAUGCAUUCAGCCCACAGAGUUACCAACCAAUCCGCAUCAACAACUUUCCCGCCCUCGAGGUCAUCGGCCCCAAUCGUAUAUUUGUCACCAACCAUACCCCGGACCACCCAGACCAGUUCACUCUCGACGUCUCCCAUCUGCGUCAAACACAGGCGACCGUCGGCUUCUCGUAUCGCAUGCAUAUCGACCCUGCGGCCCUGCCCGUUGAUCGUGUACCCAUUCUUCUCAACCCUGCGUGGAAACCUCAGGGCAACAAGCUGGGCCUUCUCUUGCAAUACAAGCUCAACCCGGCGUUCAAGUACGGCAGCAGAGUCACACUUCACAAUGUCGUUUUCUUUGCCACCUACGAUGGCAAAGCUUCCGGUGCCCAGACCAAACCCUCCGGAACCCACCUCAAAGAGAAACACCUUGUGUAUUGGCGUCUUGGUGAUGUCAACCUGAACGCUUCUGACGACUGGCAGAAGAUCGUUUGCCGCAUUGUCGGCGAUGCCGGGGUCGAGCCCAAGGCGGGCAACGUGGAAGCUCGGUGGGAGUUUAGCCCGACGGACGAGAUUGCAGAUGAAAUCACUGUAUCAAGACUAGAGGAAAGCAAGGGCAAGGAGGUGGAGCUGAGUGAUGAUGACCCGUUCGCGGACGCGGACGCGAAUGACAGCAGUGCCGCAGAAGGGAAAUGGGUGGACAUCCCGAGCGUGAGGACACUUGUGAGCGGCAAAUACGAGGCCCAGUCCUAG